ACGCAAAGUGAUAAAUACAAAAAAAAAAAAUGGGGCUCCAAGAAAGCCGUGACCAAAAGCCAGAAGAAGGACGGCAAGAAGCGGAGGAAGAGCAGGAAGGAGAGUUAUGCCAUCUACGUGUACAAGGUGCUCAAGCAGGUCCACCCGGAAACCGGCAUCUCGUCCAAGGCCAUGGGCAUCAUGAUCUCCUUCGUCAGUGACAUCUUCGAUCGAAUCGCCGUCGAAUCUUUCCGCCUGGGUCAUUGCAACAAGCGCCGCACCAUCACCUCCCGGGAGAUCCAGACCGCCGCCCGCCUCCUCCUGCCCGGAGAGCUGGCCAAGCAAGCCGUCUCAGAGGGCACCAAGGCCGUCACCAAGUACACCAGCGCCAAGUAA